GCCGCGUUCCUGUGGGGUUGACUGUGGACUCGCGGAGCCCUUGUAUGACCUCCGGGUCGGGAGGAGGGAGCCUUGUUGUGGCCCCUGCUGCGGAAACCUGACGAGUCGUCUCCCUGACGCAGCCUCAGCCUCCCCGGCGGAUAAAUCCGCUAAUCUCCUUGCGGCUCUAACAAGCCUCGGAUCCCGGCGGCGUGGGCUGAGGGGGCGGAGCCUGGGGGCGUCCUGGAGGUGGAUCCUAGCAACGUGGGGAGUGCGCCUCCCGAGGCUCUCGCGGAAGGGAGUACAUGACAAACUCCGCGGAGGAUGCUCUGGAGCUUGACCCGGCUCCGUCAAAGCCCAUCUCAAAGCCAUGGGUGUUUCCAGUCCCAAAGGGAGCCCUACAGCGGAUCUUUGGGAGCAGCCAGGUGUUCCAGAACUUGGAUGUUGUAAAACCGAAGAUCACGGGAUUAACAGUGCCCCUCAAAGUCAGGGAGUACUACCACCAAGGCCUGCAGUGCUUGGAGAAAGAGGACUGGGAGAUGGCUGUGCUCUUCUUUUCCCGUGCCCUCCACCUGGACUCUGAGCUGGUAGACUUCUACGCUUUACGAGCUGAGGCCUACAUCCAGCUCUGUGACUUCUCCUCGGCCGCGCAGAACCUGCGAAGGGCCUGCUCCUUCCAGCCGGAGAACACCAAGUACCUGGAGCGGCUUACCUUGGUCCUUUACCUGCAGGGCCAGUGCCUGUUUGAGCAAUGUGCCUUCCAGGAAGCCCUGAGAGUCUUCUCACAAGCCUCUGCGCUCCAGCCGGGGAGAGCCAGCUUCCGUUACCGAUGCAUGGCCUGUCUCCUGGCUCUCGAACAGUAUCAGGACUGCCUCUCACUCGUCACCAAAGAGGUGAAGCUUGGUACAACCAAUGCCGAUGUCUUCAUCCUCCGAGCCAGGCUCUACAACUUCUUCCAGAAGCCCGGCCUCUGCUAUCAAGACCUGCACAGCGCCUUACUGUUGGACCCCAAGCACCCACAAGCCAAGGCGCUGCUCCAGAUGAUGGUGGACCAAGCCCGGCAGGCGCGUCAGGAUGCCGGGAUCCUGGCCGUGCAGGGCAAGCUGCAGCACGCCCUGCAGUGCAUCAACUGUGCCAUUGAGAACAACCCUCUGGACCCCUGCCUCUUCCUCUUCCGGGGCACCAUGUACCGCCGGCUCCAGGAGUUUGAUGCCGCCGUGGAGGACCUCCUGAAGGCUCUGGACAUGAUGAGUGAGAGCCAGGAGCGCGCCGUGCAGCAGGCCCAGCGGCAACUGCUGCUGACCUACAACGACUUCGCCGUGCAUUGCUACCUGCAGGGCGCCUACCAGGAGGGCGUGCUGCUGCUCAACAAGGCCCUCAAGGAUGAGCAGCAGGAGAAGGGCCUCUACAUCAACCGGGGCGAUUGCUUCUUCCAGCUGGGCAACCUGCUCUUUGCGGAGGCCGACUACCAGCAGGCGCUGGCACUGAGCCCGCAGGAUGAGGGCGCCAACCUGCGCAUGGGGCUGCUACAGGAGAAGAUGGGCUUCUGCGAGCAGAGGGGCAGGCAGUUCCACAAGGCGGAGAGCCACUUCUCCAUGGCCAUCCAGCACAACCCCCAGAAGGCCCAGUACUACCUGUACCGUGCCAGGAGCCGGCAGCUCCUGCAGAACAUUUUGGGGGCCCGCCUGGAUGUUGCCACCGUCCUGCUUCUCAACCCCAAGCAACCCAAGCUGCUCACCCUGAUGGCCAGCCUCUUCCCGGGCAUGUCGGUGGACGAUGUGCUCUGCAGCCAGGUGGCCCAUCUGGCCAGGCUGCAGUUGGAUCGGGUGUUGGAGAGAAGCCGCCUGCAAGCUGGCAUUCCUCGAGGCAUCGUGGGGCAAGUUCCGCAAGUGGGCGCCACGGGCCGGGACACUCUGGGGCCGUGGCUCAGCAGGCAGCUCAGGGAGCGGGAACUAGAGCGCCAGAAGGCACGGACCCUGCAGUUCUGGUGGAAGCCUUUGUUUGGGAUCUCUGAAGAGCUCGAGGCCGCUCCCCAGACCCUGACAGGAGAGCCAGCAGGUGCAAAGGCAGCCAAGGCCCUCCACGAGGAGAAAGAGGAAGAGAAGCAGGAGCCUGCAGCCAGCAGGGUGAGGUCCCUGUCUGAAAGCUACCUCGACCAGACCUCUUCAGGCUCCAUCUUCAGCUUCAGGACCAUGUCCGCCUCAGAGACGUCUACUAUUUGCAAGGAAUACAGGAGCACCUCAGCCACUGCUGUGACAUCCUCCGACUCCUCACUGCUGAAGACUCAAUCCUCAGACCUCUUGGAGAACAGGGAACACCCAAGCUUGAGCAACAGCCCCAGAAAUACCAAGGUCACCCAAGGCCAGAGCCAGAGCCCCAGCAAGACAGAGUCCACCCAGGGCCAGAGCCGGAGGCCCAGCAAGACCAAAGCUACCCAGGGCCACAGCCAGAGGCCCAGCAAGACAGAGGCCAUCCAGGACAAGAGCCAGAGCCCCAGCAAGAUAGAGGUUGCCCAGGGCCAGAGCCAGAGCCCCAGCAGGACCAAAGUCACCCAGGGCCAGAGCAGGAGCCCCAGUAGGACCAAGGCAGCCCAGGGCCAGAGCCGGAGGCCCAGCAGGAUAAAGGCUGCCAAGGGCCAGGGUCGGAGCUCUACAAGGACAAAGGUCACACAGGGCCAGAGCCAGAGUUCCAGCCAGACUGAAGCCACCCGAAGCCCAAGACAAAAACCUAACAAGACCAAGGCCACUCAGGGCCCAAGGCAGAGGUUUAGGAAGAUCAAGGCUGCCCAUGGCUGGAGUGGGGGACUGAUCCGAAGUUCUAGCAGGACCAAGGAUUUCUAUGAUCCAAGUUGGAGCCCCAGCAACGCUGAGGCCACUUGGGACCAAUACCAAAGGUCCAGCAAGACCACGGCUGCACAGAGCUGGAGCCAGAACACAAGCCCAGGUUACAGCAAGACCGAGGACACCUGGGGACUGAGCCCAACUCUCAGAAAACCCCAGAUCAGAGGGCCUGAGCCAGAACCCCAGAAAAAUCAAGACUGGCCCAGCAGUGACACGGAUCUCUGAAAGGGCCAUUCAGCUCCCUCGCUUGUUGCUGGGUAUGG